ACACGGAGCGUUUACUGGAGGUUUGAGACGUCAGGUGUCGGGAGGCGGCGCCGCCGUCGUCGGCACUGUUACCUCCUCCCACGGACGUCACUUUAGUGCUCCUUAGUCUCGUGGAAACAUGCUAAGAGUGACAGCGGCGGCAAGGCGCCACUCUUGGCGGGGUCUGAAAGUAUCGGCGUCAUGCGCCAGCGUGUCGGUGAGAAACGAGCCCAUCCUCGGCUUCAAACAGGGGAGUCCGGAACGACGGCAACUACUCCAGGCGCUAGAGCAGGUCAAGUCCAGCACAGAGGAGAUACCGUGCGUAGUGGGAGACCAGCACGUUUGGACUGCUGACAUCCGCUACCAACUUUGUCCCUACAACCACACGCAUAAAGUUGCCAAGUUCUGCUACGCCGACAAGGCUCUAAUCGAGAAAGCCAUCGCGGCGUCUGUGGCGGCGAGGCGCGAGUGGGACCUGCGCUCCGUCCAGGACCGCGCUGCGGUCCUCUUCAAGGCUGCCGACCUCAUCGCCGGACCGAGACGAGGCGAACUGCUGGCUAAGACCAUGAUUGGACAGGGCAAAACGGUGAUCCAGGCGGAGAUUGACGCGGCGGCCGAGCUGAUUGACUUUCUGCGCUUCAACGCCAAACACGCCUUGGAGCUCCAGGCGGCGCAACCGCUGAACGCCGAGGGGAGCACCAACACGGCCGUCUACCGCGGCCUGGAGGGCUUUGUGGCCGCCGUGGCGCCUUUCAACUUCACCGCCAUCGGCGGCAACUUAGCUGCCACGCCAGCCGUAAUGGGUAAUGUGGUCCUGUGGAAACCCAGCGACACAGCGGUGUCGGCCAGCUACGCCGUGUACCGCAUCCUGCGCGAAUGCGGCAUGCCCCCCGACAUCAUCCAGUUCUUGCCGGCCGACGGGCCCGUCUUCGGCGACACCGUCACCUCAUCGCCACACCUGGCGGGAAUCAACUUCACCGGCAGUGUCCCGACCUUCAAGCGCCUGUGGAAGCAGGUGGCCCAAAACCUGGACACGUACGUCACUUUCCCCAGACUGGCCGGAGAAUGCGGCGGCAAGAACUUCCAUUUUGUGCACAAGUCGGCCGAGGUGCGCAGCGUGGUAAACGGAACGCUUCGAUCGGCUUUCGAGUACGGCGGCCAGAAGUGUUCGGCCUGCUCCAGGAUGUACGUCCCCGCCGGCUUGUGGCCUGACAUCCGAGGCCGGUUGCUUGACACCCUCAGAGACGUGCGCGUGGGAGACCCUGUGGAAGACUUUGGCGCCUUCUUCUCCGCCGUCAUCGACAGCAAGUCCUUUGCCCGCAUCAAGAAAUGUUUGGAAGAGGCCAGGUCUUCACCCGAGUUGGAAAUCAUAGCUGGGGGCCACUGUGACGACUCCAAGGGAUAUUUUGUGGAGCCCACCGUCAUCGUUACCAAAGACCCCUGCCACCCGAUCAUGGCUGAGGAACUCUUCGGGCCGGUCCUGUCAGUCUACGUCUACCCAGACGAUGACUACGAAGACAUUCUGCGUCUGGUGGACAGCACAUCCCCUUACGCGCUCACCGGUGCUGUCUUCGCCCUGGACACGAAUGUGGUGGAACAGGCGUCCAAAAUUCUGAGGAAUGCGGCGGGGAAUUUUUACGUUAACGACAAGUCGACGGGGUCUGUGGUGGCGCAGCAGCCGUUCGGGGGCGCCAGAUCUUCAGGCACCAACGACAAACCAGGAGGUCCUCACUACGUCCUCCGCUGGACAUCGCCACAGGUGGUGAAGGAAACACACGUGCCGCUGACAGAGUGGAAAUACCCCUACAUGGCCUGAAGGGGGCGUGGCACCCAUCCAUCCGUCCAUCUUGGCUCCGCCCUCCAUGCACUGAACUUUACUGUGAACGUCGAGCAACGCGGAAAACCGUUUUAAAAAAAAAUGUUUUUAUAUAAAUCCAAUUGCAAUGGUAGCCAUCUUCUAUUAAGAGUAUUGUUAAUAUAUGGACAUUGUUAGUGUUGAAACGCUUUUGUUCCGUUUUUUUCUGUUGAAUUUUAUGGUCUUUACUGAUUCUAACAAAUUCUUUAAAAAAACUGUUCUCGUGCUUGCUGCCUCUGCUUUUGCAUUCAUUUUUUUUUUUAAGGAUGUCAAGUCAAAGUUUGUUUCUCGUUUGGAUAAGAAAGCUCUUUCAGCUAAUUUUACACCGCUGACAACCGCUCCACCUUCGUGCUCUCCCCGUUCUACUUUAAAAGCCUUACUUCACCUGUUGGUGGAAAUGUUUGCACGUUUCAAGACGGUGGCUGCAUUCUCAUACUCAUUAAAAAUAGUGUUAAAAACCUUAAUUGGAAAAACAGAAGAAUGUUUGUUCGAAGUUUCCAACGUUGUCACUUUGCUGAGGGCGAACUCAAUGGUUUUGAUGGAGGCAAGAGACAAAAACCUGGAAAGGAUAACUAUUACAGUUUUUGAUCUAUACUGUAUAAGAAAGUUGAACAUGAAGUAAGCACAACACCAAGCUAACGGUGUUCUAAAAGGGCUUUCUUGUCCGAACGGGAAACAAGUAAUUUUUCCUGAUGUCCCUUGAGGGGCUUCGUAGCCUUCAGGCCUAUUUUGGUGGUGAAACGUUAACUUCCCACAGCACCUUCAUAGACCUUCCGAAAAGAUGCCCAUACCACCACCUUUUGACGCAAAGGCGCGACAAUAUACAGAACCUCCCAUUUGCGAGACGAGGCUCACAAAAACAAUCUCGCAAUAUGGAAAUAUCAAUACUCUGGUCAGGAAAUCAAUCAACAAUAAUUUACUGUUUACUAAAACUAUGAUUGAAGGUUAAUUUGCCACUUAAAUACUUGAAAAACAUUUUGCGUGUUGCAUUUCCAAUUAGAUUUGACAAAA